AUGGAGAACAACGAACAGCCUUUGCCCGUUUUUCCCGGCGGUUCGCUUGAAGAUUAUCAAGUGUGGAUGACCGAAUUGACGGACGAGCAGAGGGCGAGGUUCAACGAGGUGAACGAGAGGGCACUCGAGCAGCGACGUCGGGAGGCCGCGGAAGAGGCUGCGGAGCAGCGCCGGCUGGCCGAGGAGGCCGCCCACCAGGCCGCUCUUGAGCGAGCCCAACGAGAGCGGGAUGCUCUCGCUACUGCAAGGGCCCAGAUCAGGACCUUGCUCAACGUCCCGGCUCACCAGGCCUUGGUGAGGGAGAUGUUGGCUGCGGAGGGGUUCACUAUCACCCCCAUCCGCUCCACCCGCCCCCCGCCUCCCCCUCCUGCCCCUCCCGUCCCUCCCCUUCGACCCCUCCGGACCGGGCAAAACCAAGGCCCAAACCCGUUCCUCGGCCGUGAGGGUGCAGGUGCAGGUGCGGGUGCGGGUGCGGGUGCGGGUAGCCCCACCACCGAGGCCAGGAUGACCAGCUUGCUGGACAGGCUGGAGCUGGUGGUGGGGUCCGACGAGGUGAGGACGCCCCGCCGAGGGUCGAAGAGGCCCGUGGCUCUCGACGAGUUCGAUGGGUACGACGACGACUUCGACCUCGUCGAUUCGCCCUCUCCGAGCAAGAGGCGGAGCCGGAGGCUGUCGCCACGCAUCCCGCCCCAUGAGGGGUUUCAAAUGCCUAAGUUCAAGCCGGUGACCUGGUCCAACAACCGUUGGGCCAACGCGAUAGCAAGCCGCCGAGGCCCUGUACAACGAUCCCGGGCCGCCUUGAUGAUCGACGGUGACGAGUGCAACGUCUGUUGUGGGGAGACACGCCCACCCCAAGAAGACGAUGCGCUCAUGAUUGCCAUGAACGAGAGGUAUUCGGAGUGCUCGGUCAUCCCGGGUAAGGAGGGCAAGUGUUUGAGGUGCAUCUGGCGUAACGGCAAGAACUGCCAGUAUGUCACUCACCCUUGGUACUCGUCUCGCCGAGAAGCGAAGCCUACGAGCACCCAGCUCAAGGCUGCUGCUCGAGGUGGGCGAAGGAGGUAG